AUGGCACCUCAAAGUGACGAAGCCAACCUCGCCCGCAUCCGCGACAACCAGCGCCGCUCCCGGGCCCGCCGCAAGGAGUACCAGCAGGAGCUCGAGCAGCGCGUCCGCGCGUUUGAAGAGCAAGGCGUCGAGGCGUCGACCGAGGUGCAGCACGCCGCCCGGCGCGUGGCCGACGAGAACAAGAAGCUGCGGCGGCUGCUGCAGCAGAGCGGCGUGAGCCACGCGGCCGUGGAGGCGUACCUGCACGGCGGCAGCGUCGGCGACGUCGACGACAUUGACACUGGGGACACCGGGGACAGCGGGCCACCCGGGGCCAACGUGGCGACGCUCGAGCAUCUUAUGGUCCCGCGGUUCCCGCUGCAGUACGCAUCGCCCCUGCUCAGUGGUGGCAGCCUCUCGGCGGCCGGGUCGGUCGGGCCGAGCAGCCCGUCGGGCGGCGGUGGCGUCGACGAGACGACGAUGACGACGUCGUCGGGCGGCGGGUCCAGCGCGCAUCGGGGCAGUGGCGGCAGCAGUGUGCACGGGAAGAGCGAGAAGAGCCACAGCCAUGGCCACGGCCACAGUCACGGCCACAGUCACAGCCAUGGCCACCGGGACAAGGGAAAGCGGGCUUCGUCGACCUCUGCGGCCGGCACAACGACAACCACGGGCCCAUCCACCGCCGACUACGCUCGCUACCUGUCCCCCGGCUACGGCUUGUCCACCGCCUUUUACGGCCUCGACGAGACCAGUGCAGAGGACUUGCACUACGGCAGCAGUUCCGGUGGUGGCGGUACAGAAGCAGGAGGAGGAGGCGGCGGUGUUGGUGUCGGCACCGGUGCCGAGCCCAUCCUGUUUGACUACAGCGUCUCGCCGCAGUAUUUGGGAGAGGGCGGCGGCGGCACUACGUUCGGAACGGGGUCGGUCUCUGGCGUCUCGCAGCCGCCUGCUUCGGCACCGUACUACGGCAUGAUGGGCAGCGGCAGUGCCGGAGGCGGUGGUGGUGGAAACACGACUGGCUCGUAUGUGCGGACGUGCCCGGCGUGUAUGUCUGGCAUGGGAUGCCAGGUGCACGGCGGCUUCUUUGAGGAGUAG